UUAAAAUGUUUAGUCAAUCUAUUUCAUAGUGUCCGAUUAACGCCUCCCAAACGAAAAUAAGUGAUGUUUAUUUUAAAAACAAUGUUUAGUCAACGAAUAGGCAACCGUGGAAAACAGAAGCGUUUACAAGAAUUAGACAGAUUUGAUUUUACCCCAGGACCAACAAGUGCGGAUUGUAUUGAAGAUGGGCUUUGGCUUGGUAAUUUGAGCGCUGCUGUGGACAAGGAGUUUUUAGAAUCUAUAAAAUGCAACCAUAUAUUAACUGUAGAUUCCUGCCCCCUUCCACGAAACAUAAUUUCUUUACCCGGAAUGAUUUCAAUGUACAUUCAGUUGACCGAUAUGCCACAUGAAGAUAUUUUGAGUAAUUUUGACAAUACAUUUAAGUUUAUAUCUGAAGGUCAAAGGUCUGGCGUUGUUUUAGUUCACUGUUACUUUGGUGUUUCUCGGAGCUGCUCGGUUGUUAUCGCUUUUCUGAUGAAAAAAUAUUGUAUUUCCUAUCCUCAGGCUCUUGAUAGAGUGAAAGCCAAGAGGUCGACGGUCGGCCCGAACAAUGGGUUUGUCAAUCAGUUGAGGCUCUAUGAAAGGAUGGGCUACCUGAUCGACAAGGGUCUAUUGGAUUGGAGGUUGUUUAGAAUGAGGAUAGCUUCCGAAUUCAUGACUAAAGUCAAGAUCUUGCCAACAGACUGUAAUGACGUCAUCAAGCCAGACCCAGCUCUAGUGACCGCUAAGCCGGACCCUCUCGUUUAUAAAUGUUACCAUUGCAGGAGAAUCAUCGCUAACAAAUCAAAUAUCAUUCCCCAUGUUGCCGGGAAAAAAGUGACCUGGACAAAUCCUCAAUCGUUUUCAAACCAUUCCGAAAACGUUGUUUGCAAAGAAUAUCUCUUUUGUGAGCCACUCGCAUGGAUGAAAUUGAAUUCAGUCGAAGGAAAACUUUACUGUCCUAAAUGCCAAUGCAAACUUGGCUCUUUUAAUUGGGUCAUGGGUACUUAUUGCGUCUGCAAAGCCAGAAUGGUACCUUGCUUUUAUUUCAUACCAUCAAAAAUAGAAUUAUGCAACAUAAUUCAGAAUGUAGAAGCGACCAUCUAACCGAUUAUACCAAAUUAAAUCAUAUUAUUUAGUUAAUAUGUCAAGCGAUUGCUUUAAACUGAAUGUUAUUUAUUUAUUUACCAUUCAUAACUACCAAAAAUUAGUUAAAAGUCCAUAGCCGCCUGAAUAUACCUGCCUUGGAUUAUUUCUUUGCAGUUAUCUGGAUGCGGCUCUAUUGCAUCUAUUUCACAUCAAUAAAAACAGUUGAAAGAUAUUUAUAUAUCUAAGUAAACAAUUUACUUCAAUUUAUUUAUCUCUUAAUUAAUGUAAGUUCCUUUGGUUUUAAGAAUUUAAAAAAAAUAUUGAAUAUUUAAUAGUUGACAGUUGCAUUAUAAAGGAAGGAGAUGGUCCGGGGUGGCGGUCAUAAAAAGGCUAAAUAGUGGCAAAACUACUUUUAUUAAAAGCCGAUUUAAACUCCUAGCUGAACACACCUCCCUGAAGAAGACCUAUAAAGUCGAAACGUCGGCUUUUAAUAAAAAUAGUUUUACCACUAUUUAGCCUUUUUAUGACCGCCACUCCGGACCAUCUCAUUCCUUUAAAAAAAAUAUUGUUAUUAAUUCUAUUUUCAACUAUAGAUUAGGGUAGUGUUGAAUUG